UAAACAAACAAAAUGUCAAAAUUGUCUACAAAUAAUGCAAGCCAAUGUUUUCUUACUUUACAUUAAUUAUUGUUUCUUGUUAUAUAAUUUAUUAUUCACUUGAAAAGUUACAAACAGUGAACUGCAAUUUAAAAUGCCUGCUUUUGAAGCACCAUGUGUGGAGCUUGGCAGUGCUCCUCAAACUCCUAGCAUUGCUGCCUCGCCAUCACCCUCUGAAAUAUCUAGCGCUAGUUCGCCUGAGCCCCAAAUUAUACGCGCCACUCCAUUAUUCAGAGCAUUGGCGAUGCCUCCUCCAGAGCCUGAACAACCACCAGGCCAAGACGAACUUGAGCGACGUCUUCCUGGCUAUCGACGAAUAGUGAUUCCUAGGGAACUGACGUUGAUCGAAUUACUCAAACAGUGUAGUGGUGUGGCCACUGACGAGGACGUGCUACGCAUUAGAGAAGCAAAACUGCGGGUAGUGGCUGAACGAGUCGGCUUGAGGAGACUUCACGUGCUAGCGCCUAGACUUCGCUCGCUGACUCUGGAUGGCAGCGCUCUUACAUCUUUACGUGAUCUUGGGAUUGGCUUAGUGCAUUUAAAAAUUUUGAGCGUAAAUCGAUGUGGCCUGACCAGCUUGGAUGGAGUGUGGGGGUUAGGUGCUUUGCGCGAGUUUCAUGCGUCUGGAAACCGUCUUCAAGACCUACAACCAUUAGCGGCAUUGCAGAAGUUACAUACACUCAAUUUAUCUGACAAUCCUGUCCCAGACACCAGCCGAAUCUGGACUCUUGGUGUUUGCGGUUCAUUACGUCGGUUGACUUUGAAAGGCUCUCCGGCAGCAGAUUUGCCUCAAUACAGGUCACGGAUUGCGGCCUCCCUACCCAUGCUUGUCUAUUUGGAUGAUCAUCCAUUGCACCUAGAUAUCGAAUACGAUACAGAAGGUAUUUUUGGGCCGAUGUCUAGUUCAGAUUCUGAAGCAAGUGAUGUAGAGAUGGCAGAACUGAAACCAUCCCUAGAAGUCUCUACUUCUGAACCGGAGCCAGGACCAUCAUCACAAUUUCCUGAGGAAAAGACCGGCGAAGGUAUUGAGGACGAAGUGUUGCCCACCAUUCGCCGACACCGACGACCGGCGACUACUGAGAGUGCGGGCUUACGACCAGUGCGCCCUGCCCUGCCACCGAGGCCACGUACUGCUCACGAGCGACCCAAUAUAGACGCUCCGACCAGACUGCAGAUACUAAACUCUUUGAUGGACGAGGAGUGGCGCUGUAGUGGCAGCAAGCUGACUUCUCACGAGCCCGUGUGCGGUAAUCUGACCCGAGCUUUGCGACGUCCCGUAACUGCCCGGAAGAAUUGCGUUGACGAAGAGAAAGAGAUGGUCGAACAGGCGAUGGAAGAGGCUACUCGUGCCCUAGCAGCAGAAAUACCAAGGGCACCUCGUCUCGAAGACUGGGCGAAAUUCAGGGAGGAAACCGGAAUCGACAUCGACAUCGAUUUUAACGAACGGCCAAGAGAUGCGGAUCCCACGAAAGUGAUGGAGCGUCUGGAGAGAAUAGAAAAAGAAACCAUGGAACGGUUCAAUCAAGAGAACAACGGGGGAAAUGGUGAAAACAGCGCUCUUCCAAACGCUACGUUCGGGAAUUUUACCAUGACCGUCAUGAACGACAUUGAUACGUGGAGAGGCAUGCGUGACGUGUCUCGGCACCCAGAACCCGUUAGUGAUGUGGAUGCUUUAUUCAAUGAUAUCAAUUUAAUAAGGCCCAGAAGCAGAUUUAUGGGCAAUGAAGAAUAAAGAAAGAUACCGCAUUACUAAUUGAAAACGUACGUUUGCACACGUUGUUAAUAAUAAGGUUAUUACUGGAAUAUUAUUGCAGAAAUUAUAGAUAUAAUUUCCUGUGAUCGGCAUCUUUUGAAUCGACCUUUAGAACAAUAUAAGUCGUGAUUCAAACCUAUUAAAAAGGUAAUGUAUCUGUAUUUCUAUUAUUAUGUAGUUGGAAGGAAUAUUUACAUUUUUUAUUAGAAAAACAUUUUAUUUUAAUACUUAUAGGCAGUGAUGACAUUGAAAUAUAACUUAAGUAGCACUACUUAGUUCAGAAUACACGAUCAGGCAGCUCUAAGCUUUUGAAAAUAAUACUUAGCACUUAAUUGGUGUAGGUACGGGCAGUUGUCUGUAAUAAAUAGGUUAUUAUUUAUAAUAUUCUGUAAUUUUAUAGAGCACGAUUAAUAAAUUAAUCCAAAUCCAAAUGCGGGUGUAGUGAUUCUAUUAAACAGCUCUACCACGAGCUAAAAAUGUAGGCACCAGCAUUAAUCGAACUAUAAAAUGUGUUUAGUGGGAGUGAUCAUGAGAUUUUAAAACAAAUACAGGGUGUUCAGUAGGAAUAACCUGCAAAUAAUGGUUUAAUCAAAAGAUCACACCUACUUGUUAACGCUUCUACAAACAUGAGAAGUUUCUAUUUUUACACAAGCACCGAAAAAUGUUUAGUGAAAUGAAAAAGUAAGUACCUAGUGGUAGGAACGUUAGCAAUAGGAUUCCUUUUGUUUUUAAUAAAAUUAUUACGUUCAUUUACUAUUUUUAGAGACCAUGACAAUUUGUAGAAAUUGUUUCUAGGAUAUUUUUUGUGGCCACAUAAUAUAGAAUCGUUGCAUUGUGAUGUGAAUAAAGUUUAUUAUUUGUUAUUACGUAAA